AUGUGUCAACAACUUUUCUUCGAUUACGACUGCGGGCACAUUGUGUAUGGGCGAAAGCAAAGAUGCAAGGAAGCUCACGUGCCGACGAAAUACCGCCUCCACUGUAAAGCCAAGGGGUCGCCAAUUCCCCUGCUUCGAUCCCGGAUCCUACCAGAGUGGAUGGAGAAGAAGGCUGGAAUCUGCUUCGACUGUGCGCAAGGUUUGCUGAGGGAUUUGGACAAGUUUCUUGACGCGAAGCGGGCCAAAGAGUUGGAAGAUAGGCUCGAUGAACACCAAGGACAGCAAGAAGCUACGCCGUCUGCAAAGACUGAACAGGUCAAGGGGGCUGAGCGAUCUGGAGCUCAGAUCUUUGGGAGCCAGCCAGCAAGAGGGAAGAGAGAAUCGGUGUACGCUAAGUCGACAUUCCACUUUACUUUAAGAAAUUUAAAAUAA